AAAGAUUUCGUCGGAAGAUGGCGCUGCCUGUAGCCAAAAGCGCCGCCUUCCGGAAAGUCCCGAAGCAUGUCAGGAAGAGACUCUUCGGCCGGAUAUGGAUCCCAGAUACUUCCAAGAAAAUCGACAAACUGGACAGUCGAAAAGAUGUCGCACCGACAACUCUAUGGCGUCUACUUUGGCCGCCGGGUUGGCAUCCACGAGGAGGUCCUUCCGUCUUUGAUUCUGGCGCGACGAGUGGCACAUCCAUGGACGAGCCUCCGGGCGAAGAAGACUUGGAGGGGGUGGAGUCGUGGCUGGACGAACACCCCUCCUUCGUCUAUGAUUACUUCGUCCGCAAGGCCACCAGGCAUAUGGUCGACUCUUGGCUGCUAGGACACGCCACCCAAGGGGUAGCUCACGAAGUCGUCUCCACGCCUGCCAGCCCCACUUCCAAAUCGGGUUCGGGGGCUACUACUCCGGUCCGAAAGAUUUCGGCUCACGAUUUCGAAAGGGGCGGUCUUUUGCGGCCCAUCGUCAGUACCACGGUAGAUGGAACCCCCACUUUUCUUCCACUUCCGCUUCCGGGUGAGGUGACCUCGUUUCCGGCCAGCAGACCGAACAGAAAGAGCAGGCAGGAACUUCAGGCCUUGGAUGAACGAGAGAUGAUCUUCGAGUUGGUGAAGGACAUCUGCAAUGACUUGGAUGUUCGCAGCUUGUGCCAUAAAAUUUUGCAAAACGUCAGUAUACUAACCAGAGCCGACCGAUGCUCCCUGUUUCUAGUGGGGGGUGAGAAAGGCUCGCCCAACCGUUACUUGGUCAGCCAAUUGUUUGACGUGUCCAGCGAUUCGACUCUGCAACAAAUGAACGAAAAGGAAGAGAUCAGGCUACCGUGGGGUAAAGGCAUCGUGGGUUACGUCGCAGAAAAGGGCGAGUCCGUCAACAUCACAGACUGUUAUCAGGAUUCCAGGUUUAACCAUACCAUCGACCGGAAGACGGGCUACACCACUAGAAGUAUGUUAUGUAUGCCCAUCUUCGACAACGACGGUCAAGUGCUGGGUGUGGCUCAGGUCAUCAACAAAAACGGGAUCAGAGGAGAAGCAUUCGACACCAACGACGAGAAAGUGUUCGCUCAAUACUUACAGUUCUGUGGGAUCGGUUUGAGGAACGCGCAACUAUACGAGAGAUCAGAAUUGGAAAAUAAAAGAAAUCAGGUGCUUCUAGAUUUGGCCAGGAUGGUCUUUGAGGAACAGAGCACCAUAGAACACAUUGUCUACCGGAUAAUGACGCACACGCAAUCUCUACUAGGUUGCGAGAGAUGCCAAGUACUGCUAGUGGACGAAUCUACCCAAGGAACGUUUUCGCGCGUAUUCGACUUGGAUUCUGGAGACAUGGAAACAGAAGAUUCCAGUUCGAGAAUCAGUCCGUUCGAAGGGAGAUUCCCCAUCAAUGUUGGUAUCACAGGCUAUGUAGCUGCCACCGGAGAAGCUCUAAACAUUCCCGAUGCUUACGCGGACGAUAGGUUCGAUCAGAGCGUGGAUAGAGGUACCAGCUUUCGUCAUCGCAACGUGUUAUGCAUGCCUAUUAGAAAUGCCGACGGCAAAAUUCUAGGCGUGAGUCAGCUGAUCAAUAAAUCAAAUGGGACUCCUUUCAAUAAAAAUGACGAAAAUUUAUUCGAGGCAUUCGCCAUUUUCUGUGGAAUGGGGAUCCACAAUACACAAAUGUAUGAAAAAGCAAUCAAAGCCAUGGCUAAACAAAGAGUGACUCUGGAGGUUCUCUCUUAUCACGCUACAGCACCUCUAGAAGAAGCUUACAGACUUAAAAAAGCUUUAGUUCCUUCCACUCAAGCCUACAAACUUCACGACUUGAAGUUUAAUGACUUCAGCUUGGAUGAUGACGAGAUGUUGAAAGCUUGUCUCAGAAUGUUCCUAGAUUUAGAUUUGAUCGAACGUUUUCAUAUUGAUUAUUUGGUAUUGUGCAGAUGGUUAUUGAGUGUCAGAAAGAACUACCGGCAAGUAACCUAUCACAACUGGAGGCAUGCGUUUAACGUAGGACAAAUGAUGUUUGCCAUCUUAACGAACACAGAACUAUGGAGAGUUCUUGGAGAACUGGAAACUCUAGCUCUAUUAGUUGCUUGUUUAUGCCAUGAUCUCGAUCACAGAGGAACCAACAACUCCUUUCAAAUUAAAUCAUGCUCGCCCUUGGCUCAGUUAUAUUCGACAUCCACUAUGGAGCAUCAUCAUUUCGAUCAGUGUAUUAUGAUUUUGAACAGUCACGGAAACCAAAUAUUAAGCCAUCUAUCUCCCGAAGAGUAUUCUUGGGUGGUUCACGUUUUAGAAGAUGCUAUAUUAGCCACGGAUUUGGCAGUUUACUUUAGGAGGAGGGGUACAUUUUUUAAGCUGAUCAGCUCUGAAGAAUAUGAUUGGCAAGAUGAAAAUCAUCGAGAAUUGCUUAGAGCCAUGCUGAUGACUGCUUGUGAUGUGGCUGCCAUAACUAAGCCGUGGGAGAUACAAAGAGUGGUGGCAGAAUUAGUUGCCAGUGAGUUCUUUCAGCAAGGUGAUAUGGAAAAGGAGGAAUUGAAGAUUCAACCUAUCGACAUGAUGAACAGAGAAAAGAAAGAUCAGCUACCUCUGAUGCAAGUUCGAUUUAUAGAUGCCAUCUGCGUGCCCAUAUACGAGGCCUUUACCAAGAUCCACAGAAACUUGAGCGUCCUGUCUGCCGGAGUGGCUCACAACAGAUUGCAAUGGCUGAAAUUGGCGGAAGAACGUAAAGUGGGACCAGAGAGAGACAAGUAGACAAUAGAACUAACGUAAAUUCAGUCGAGUCGUCCCUUUUUUUUGGCAUUUAAAUCUCGAAGACUUAACAGUAGUACUACCGUUCAUGGUAGAAGAAGGACUCGAAUCAACUAGUGCAAGAAAAAAAAAAAUACAGCACAAAAUAGCCAAAGAAUGUUUUGUCAUCUACUUCAUCAUUCAGGAUGGUGCGAUUAUUCGCAUUUUUCGAGCCAAAAACUCUAAAACUUCGUAUACAAAUUUAUCUACGACGUUAUAUAUAUAUAUAUAUGUAUAUUGGCAUUUUAAAUUAAUUUAUCCGCAUCCAUUUGGAGAAUCCUCAGUGAGAAAUUCGAAUGAGAUGCAAUGUCAUUAAAGUAUACGAUAUUUAUACAAAUGUCAGUCGAAACUACUACUCGACUAUUUUUCUAAACACCAUACAGUUGAAAGAAUACAGAGACAUUCGAUCAAAAUCAAUUUUUUUCUGAAGAACCAUGAAGUUGGUAACGUGGACCAGUAGCCAUUUUAAUCCCGUUUCGGUUUGUCGUGGAUCUAUAAUUUAUUAUUUUGCGUAUGUGAAUUUUUUCCUUCUGAUGUUGUAUCCACCCGAUUCGGGCUAAGUUCCGAUUAAAGUAAAUUCGUUAAAA